AUGUUUGCAUGUUUGCAUGUUUGUUUGUUUGUUUGUUUGUUUGUUUGUUUGACCAAAUGAGUUGGAAGUGGUUUGCCUCCUCCAUUGGUGGAAACAUGACAACAAAGACAAGCACAACCAGCAGUACAGAAGAAGGUCCAGAGACUCCAGGUCAGCCAGAGGACAUCCUCCCUAUGGUCCUGACAUCUGCUACUCAGCAGCAGUUUGCUUGCGUCGCUGAUGAGGAUGUCACAGGGGAGAACCCCUACAAGCUCCUGCAGAAAGAUGACAUCUUAGAGGACAUGAGGACAAAAGCUGCAGUGUCGGAUUUCAGCCCUGUGAAGCAGAUGAUCCUGGAUUAUCCAGAGAGUGAGCUUUUGCUGGUUUAUGACCGAGACUUCACCUAUGGCCAAAUGUUCUAUCUGGCUCUGACACCAGAAGCAAAGGAACGAAUCCUCAAUCCCCCUGAAGCUGAGCCUGAAGAAGAGAUUGAGAUUGAAAUCAAAACUCCAGAACCAAAGGAAUGGCUAUCACUUGGCAGUGAAAAAGAAAUUGAUGAAGAAUCUGUCAAAGAGACACGAGAAAAGUUAAUUUACAAGUUCUCCAGAGCUCGGAGGGAGUUUGGCUCGCCGCUCUCGCUUUCGGACCGCAACGUUGCAGAUGUCAAAGAUGGCAACGUGGAGUGUUUGUCCUACCAAGACAGGCGAUUCAACAUCAAGCUGUUCCAGAGGGAUUGCGCCGUGCAGGCUAUCCCCAUCCUCCAGAGCAGCAGCGCCCAGACACUGUGGAAGUUGAGGCGAAAUAACUGUACACAGUACACGCCAGGAGUAUUGAGGAAAGAGGAGCAGGAGAAGAGCCCUCCACUAAGCUUAAGUGAUUUUUGUAAUGCAGUGACAAACAGGGUUCUGCACGCCCUGCAACAAGAGGAAAUUAUGAACGUGUUCAAAGACGACUGGAUGGCUUUGGGGACGGAUACGGACGACAUGGACUGGUCUGGGAAGGUGUCCGAUGUUUUGAUGCUGAACCAGGCCUUUUCCGACCCAAACUACUGUCCCGGCAAGGAGAUUAUCGCCAUGCACUGGCAUCCCACCGUUCCAAGUGUGAUGGCCGUGGCAAUGAGAGAAAAGAAGAAACAACCGUUGAUCAAGUCGACUGGGCCGCUGAUCGUUUUUUACACCUUCUCUGACCCCACUCAUGCCAAGAUAUUGCUGGAGUGCCCAGACAACAUUCUCGCCUUUGAAUUCUGCCCCUCUGAUCCAAAUAUUAUUGUUGGCGGCUGCGUGAACGGCCAGGUGGUGUUGUGGGAAAUAUCUGCUCACGUUGCACGUUUGCACCCAGUCCAACACGGUCAUCAUAAGCAUCAUUCUGUCAAAACGGACACGCUGGGUUUUGAGGACAAGAAAGACAAUAAAGCUCCACUUGUGCGUUACAGUGCAAUGUCAGGGGUGGAGAACAGCCACAAAGCACCAAUUACAGAUGUCCAUUGGCUGCCUCAGUCAUUUGAGGUCACCGCUCAGGGCGUUCCGGUGGAGAACAAAUCCAAUCUUUCUGUUCAACUUAUCACCUGCUCCCCUGACAGCACUUUAAUGUUCUGGGACAUCCGAAUGCCAAAACAAGUGCGCCAGACCAUACCGGAAAAGAAACAGAAUGAUUCCAAGUCUCAGAUGGCCAAUUACAGUGACAACAACCCCUUCAAACACUUGGAGCGGAUGUGGAAACCUUUCAUUACGGUUCCCUUGGUAAACAUGGAGAGGAACGGUGAUUAUGUCCCAAUCAAAUUCAACCUUUACCCCUUCACCAAUAGGCCGAAUACUACCAACACCCUAGUGGCAGAAAGCGGUGGCGACGGCUCAGCGCUAGGAACGUCAGACUACAGUCAGCUCCAAGUACCCUCAGCCAAAGGACUAACACCUCUGGAAGACAUCAAUACCAAGAUUUAUAUUGGAACACAGGACGGGGAGAUUGUUUACACCGACUGGAAAAUGGAAAGAAACGAUCUGGAUCAGCUCCUGAGUCCCAAGCCGCUUCAUUUAUUCAAAAUCCACCCCUGCUUGGUCAAUACCAUCGAGCGCUCGCCCUUUUUUAAAGACAUUGUGUUGACUGGAACGUCGCUUUUUGGAAGCUGCAAUAUUGCCAUUUGGAAAGAAGGAGUGUUGGACGGCCCCCUUUUCCUGUUCCCGAGCUCGGAGGGGCUGUGUACGUCGGCGUGCUGGUCUUUGACCCGCCCGGCCAUUUUCUUCCUUGGAAAAGGGGACGGAAAAAUCGAGGUGUGGAACAUUCUUGAAAAGACGGGAGAAGCUGUGCACGUGCAAGAACACAUGACCAGUGGCAAGAUCACCUCCAUCAAACCUUGGACCAUCUCCUCCAAGCAGCACUUCCUGACUUUGGCUGACGAUCUUGGAAUAGUGCGUGUCUUUCAAAUCCCACCCGUGUUCCACAUGGCUUACAGAAAUGAGAGAGCCAAUGUGGGGAAAUGCAUUCAUCAGCAGCAAGAGAGACUUAAUGACCUUAUCAAGAGGAGAGAAAUGUGGGAAAGCCAAAAGCCGUCGCCGCCGCCACCAGAGGAACAGAAGAAAGUGGAGCCUGAGAAAGCAGGGACCCCCACCACAGAAGAGCAGGAUGUUAUGAAGGAGUACAACGAUUUCCUAGUGCUUGAGGAAAACAUCCUUAAAAGCAUGGGACUGACACCAUAACAACACACACACACACCCGCAUACACACACACACACACACAUUGUUUUUUAUGGAGGUAAAACGUGUUCUUAUUUUUGAAUGUGCAGCUUGAAGACGUGUGUAUUUGAUUUGCUUUCUUCCAAGUGAAAGGCACAGUCUGCGAUGUUCAAGCUGCUAGCAAGAUGUGAAUGUAGCCUGACUUGACCAUAGCGCUUGCAUCCUUGAGCAAACUCUGCGCAGCUCUUUGUACAAUGUGCAUUCUGU